AUGGUGCACUGUGUAUCUUUCGUGAAAGAGUCCCAAAGUUUGAGAUUGUUGUUGCCAAUCAGGAUGAUACUUCUUUAGAUCAUCCUAGGAAGACCAUUUUGGAUCUCCUUAACUCUGUCGAGGUAAUUAUUUGAGUAAGCUAUCAUUACAAAUACUUUUUAAUGUCUAUAAAUAUCCAUAUUCAUAUCUAAAGUUUUUGUUAGAUUGGCAAGGCAAGGUUAAUGUGUACUAUCUAUGCAAUUGAUACCGACUGGGCAUGGUAUUACAUUAGUUGUCGUGCUUGCAACAAGAAAGUCACACAUAUCCACCAUGGAGUGAAUGGUGUGAAUGGUGUGAAUAACAAAGGGAAGAAGCCGAGGUUCUGGUGUGACACUUGCAAAUCUGUUGUCACUAAUGUCGUGGCUAGGUUUAUGCUCUAUGCUAAUGUGAUGGACAACACUGGUGAGGCUAAACUGUUACUUUUUGAUUCAGUUUGCUCUGAAAUCAUUGGCGAGUCUGCUCCAUCUGUGCUUAAUGGUUCCGUUGAUGAGGUUUCAUGAACUACUUUAUAUUUAAAUAUAUGUCUACAUUGUAUUAGUCACACAAGUUCCUGAUAUGUUUUAAAUUUUAGA